AGGAGAAGGCGGUGCCUCCCGGCGCUUUCUCCAAAUAAGUCCCGAAAAGGGGCACUUUCCAGCAGCUGUGGCCAGCGGUGCCGACGUCAGGCCCUCCCCCAGCGGUGCUGACGUCGGCGGCCGGGCCCGGUGACCUCAUCGCCCCGACGGCGGCCGGGCCGGGGGCGGGGAGAGGCGGGGGCGGCCCCGGCGCAAGCAAAGGCUCGGGGGCUGGGGCGCGGCUGGUGCAGCUUUCGCCGGAGCCGAGCCGAGCCGAGUGCCAGCCGCUGCCCGCCGCCCGCUGCGUGCGCCUCCGCGCCUCCGCGCCAUGGCCGGCCUCAACUCCCUGGAGGCGGUGAAACGCAAGAUCCAGGCCCUGCAGCAGCAGGCGGACGAGGCGGAGGACCGCGCGCAGGGCCUGCAGCGGGAGCUGGACGGCGAGCGCGAGCGGCGCGAGAAAGCCGAAGGGGAUGUGGCAGCUCUCAAUCGACGCAUCCAGCUUGUGGAGGAGGAGCUGGACAGGGCUCAGGAGCGACUGGCCACAGCCCUGCAGAAGCUGGAGGAAGCAGAAAAGGCUGCCGAUGAGAGCGAGAGAGGAAUGAAGGUGAUAGAAAACCGGGCCAUGAAAGAUGAGGAGAAGAUGGAGAUUCAGGAGAUGCAGCUCAAAGAGGCCAAGCACAUCGCCGAGGAGGCCGACCGCAAAUAUGAGGAGGUGGCUCGUAAAUUGGUCAUCCUGGAAGGCGAGCUGGAGAGGGCCGAGGAGCGUGCCGAGGUGUCUGAACUAAAAUGUGGUGACCUGGAAGAAGAGCUCAAGAAUGUCACUAACAAUCUGAAGUCACUCGAGGCUGCAUCUGAAAAGUAUUCUGAAAAGGAGGAUAAAUAUGAAGAAGAAAUCAAACUUUUGUCCGACAAACUGAAAGAGGCUGAGACCCGUGCAGAAUUUGCAGAGAGAACGGUUGCAAAACUGGAAAAGACAAUUGAUGACCUGGAAGAAAAACUUGCCCAGGCCAAAGAAGAGAAUGUGGGCUUACAUCAGACACUGGAUCAGACACUAAACGAACUUAACUGUAUAUAAUCAAAACAGAAGAGUCUUGUUCCAACAGAAACUCCAGAGCUCCGUGUCUUUCUCUUCUCUUGUAAGAAGUUUCUUUUGCUAUUGAAUCUUCGCUUUGCUGGAAAUGUCAAGCAAAUUAUGAAUAUAUGACCAAAUAUUUUGUAUCAGAGAAGCUUUGAGCACCAGUUAAAUCUAAUUCCUUCCUUUUUUCAAAUGGCACCAGCUUUUUCAGCUCUGUUUUUAUCCUUAAGUUGCAUUUAUUCAUAAGGUAGGCAGGGUAUUUCACAGUGAGCAUACUCUCUUAAGACUGAGGGCAUUUGGUUCCUGGGAGAAUAGACAACCCUACACUUUUCAAAAACAACUCCAGUAUCUAGUCAUGGGUCAACUUAAAAGGCCGAAGAAUAUAUACCUUCUGGCCACUGUUGGUCACACGACAGGUAGCCAGGGACCAUCACAUUAAAAUAUGGGUAGGGAUUUUCCAUUGAGAGCAAAAAAAAAAAAAAAAAAAAGCCAGGGGGAGGGGGCUGGCUUUGUGGGAAGUCGUAAACCAUAGACAGAAUAACCUAAUCAUCUUGGCUCUUUCCCACGCUCCACCAUGCAGAACAAACAUCCUCUGAGCAGUCGGCUUGAGAAUGCUUGGGAAAUAAUCAUAAUAAUCACCCCGAUAUUUUCUGGAUAGAUCCUUGAUGUUACGCUCUUCUACAUGUUCCUUUCAUUCUAAAAUUGUUCUCUGAGGAGCAGAUAGCUUAUUCCAAUAAUGACCAGGAAUGAAUGUGGUAGAAUUCAGUCUUAUUCAGAGAAGUCCUAUCACGAAGACCACUAGCCAUCAAUAACUGAGCAGUUGUUAAGAAAUAUUGGGCAGAAGGGGCCUCUCUGCCAGCAAAGUAGAGAUAAAGUAAUCAGCCUAGCUUCAUCUCCUUUAUACUUCAGGGAAUGGCAAACUGAAGAUUUACUUGUGUAGGACUUUAAUUCCUCUUUAGGACCAAGUUAAUAAAAGACCAAGAAGCUCCUGAUUAAACUGGAUAUGGAGUAUUUUGUAGGCAGGGCUGCACAUUUUGGCUUUGUUAUAUUUCUGCUUUCUUGGUUAACAUCUCAGAGCUAAACAUUCCACAUUCCCCAGCAGUGUGGGGGCCAACUCAAGUUUACAAUUCUGACAAAAUCACCCUGCUUCUAGCUUAUCCAAAUCCUCUGCCCCUCACUCCUAUUUAUUAAGCAUCACACUACCCAGAAGGUACACUAGCAAACUGUGCAAUUGAAUAAAACCCACACUUUUCAUUUAGAUUCUUGCAACUGUAUCAUAUGUAAUAGUAUCACUUUUUCUACAUUUUCGUCAAAUAAAUUUUUACAUAAACUA